AAUGCUGUCUCCGCUGGAGCUCGCAGUCAUGGGCCGCUCUGCCCUAGCGAGUCGGACAUGACGCUGGUGUGAGGGUAUCCGCAGGAUAUAUGAUCGCCACAGGCUGCACAGUCGUGGCGUCUCAAGGAUCCUUUGAAUGAGAUCACCAGACUGGCCUACCUUUCCUUGCGUCCGCAGUGUGGGAACCUUUUUCCCGAUCACGAGAGCGGCGCGGUCCACAUGCUCGAGCUCUUAAGAGCAUUUCAGGCGCUUAGCCGGGUCUUGGAUCUCAUCAUAGGUUGUGUAUACGCCGCUGGCAUCAAUGGGGUAGCUCUACCCAUUUCAAGGCUGAUGGGGCGCGAAGGUAGUAAACUGAGCCAGAAAGUCUGGACACGAACUUUUUCCGAUCAUGUUGCUCGCCGUAGAAUAGAUUCGCUGGUGUUCCACACGCGCUUGAGACCGCGUCCAGCGGUUAUGAUGAGGAUCAUAAGACUCAUCGCUGCGUUUCGUCCGCGCUUGCGAUCCUGAAUCAUACAGCUGUGACCAGAGGGUUUUUGCAACACAAUUUUUGUUGCAGGCAUUUCCUUCUGCAACCUAUGAACAGGUCUUGCAAUGGCUGUUUGAUACCGUCUCAAGCUCGAUGGCAGGAUGAGCUAAACCAGAGUACAGAGGCCCCGACUUAUUGUUCGCCCAGACGUAGCCGCGGCGCUGUCGCAGCAGAUGUUCUACCUUACGGAAAGAAGAGUUCCCACGGUUCGGUAACUGGAAGAUGCAGGGUCUUGGCAACAGACACGUGGA